AUGGCAUAUCCCCUCCAACUAGGCUUUCAAGAUGCAGUAUCACCCAUUAUAGAAGAACUACUGUAUUUUCAUGACCAUACGCUAAUAAUCGUAUUCCUAAUCAGCUCACUAGUCCUUUACAUUAUUACACUAAUACUGACUACCAAACUAACCCAUACAAACACCAUAAAUGCACAAGAGGUAGAAACUGUCUGAACAAUCCUACCAGCCAUUAUCCUUAUCUUAAUUGCACUGCCAUCUCUGCGAAUCCUCUAUAUAAUAGACGAAAUUAACAACCCCUCCCUGACCGUAAAAACUAUGGGCCACCAAUGAUACUGAAGUUACGAAUAUACAGAUUAUGAAGACCUAAACUUUGACUCCUACAUAGUCCCAACAUCAGACCUAAAGCCGGGGGACCUACGACUCCUAGAAGUAGAUAACCGAGUCGUCCUACCCAUAGAUGUAACAGUUCGAAUACUAAUCUCAUCAGAAGACGUACUACACUCCUGAGCCGUGCCAUCACUAGGUCUAAAAACAGAUGCCAUUCCAGGACGAUUGAACCAAACAACCUUAAUAUCAACACGACCCGGACUAUUUUACGGACAGUGCUCCGAAAUCUGUGGUUCCAACCACAGCUUUAUGCCCAUUGUCCUAGAAUUAGUACCACUGCAAACUUUCGAAAAAUGAACCGCAUCCCUAUUAUAG